ACGUGAUCGACAAACACGACCCACCACACCAACAACAACAAUCAAGAUGAGUGCGCGUGUUGGUGUGUCUGCCGGGUUCCUGCGCUCGCUUCUGGAUGACCUUCGCAGUGAGCAGCCGUCAUGCUGGGCUGAUCUGACGACCAAAGACGUGUGUGAACGCGUGAUCCUGCCUCGCGCGCAAGCACACUCCCAGCAAGGGAGUGCGUACACGGCCGUCAUCGGAGCCAACUGCAACGAGAACGGCGGCGAUGAAACAGCAGAUGGUCAUGCCGCUGUCGGCCCGGCCAACGUGUACGUGGUGCACGCGUGGCAAGACAAGUUUGUGGACCUGGCCAACAUGCUGAUCCAGUUUGCAGAGGAUGAGGUGACAAAAGGCAGCGCCGAGAAGGAGGGGAAUGGCUCUACGAAGCAAUGCUUCUUUUGGAUUGACAUCUUCUGCGUCAACCAACACGGCGCCACCACUGCCGAGCAUCCCCCAGAAUGGUGGGACACCAUGCUGAAGGAUGCCAUUGACGAGAUUGGACACACGGUCGUUGUCAUGUCUCCAAGGGAUACCGAAGCAACGCCAGUGAGCACGACGGCGCUCAGGCGCCUCUGGUGUCUGUGGGAGAUGCACUGCAGCAUCAAGGAUGGCGCAUCGAAGCUGAUCAUCCGUGUGCCCAGUAGCCAGCAAGCUGCUUUCAAGGCAGCGGUGCUGCGGGACCUCCUGAGCAGCAACAGCGACAGCAGCAGCGGCAGCGGCGGCGGUGCGUUCAUGGACGCGUUUGUGCGCGUGCGCGGCGAUCAAGCAGAGACAUCGCUGCUGCGAGACAAGCAGUUCAUUGUCCGCGCCGUUGUCAAAGGUGUUGGGUUUGCGAAACUGAACCAAGCGCUGCAAGACUGCCUGCGUUCGUGGUACCUGGACCAGCUCGAGCCAUUCGUGCUCUCCUCACGACCGCACGCUGACGGCGGGCACGAUGAACAAGGCAACACCAGCGAAACAACCCCACCGGCACCAACACAACAUUCGGAAGCGGAAAGGGCGGGCAAGACCGGAUCAGCAGCGUCAAUCCCGUAUGCUGUGCUGUGCCACAGGGCCGGCGACCUGCUGCUCAAGCACGGGCGGUAUGCACAGGCCAUUGCCAUGCUCCAGCGAUGCAUCACGCCUGCCCCCACCACCACGUCUGACGGCAAGAGUAGUGGUGUGGACGCGGGGUUUGAGGCGGAGGUGCUGAACACGCUGGGACAGGCGUACUGCUACAACGCCACGUACGACAAGGCCAUGGACUGCUUCAACCGGGCGCUCCAGCUCCAAGACCAGCAGCAGCAGGGUGAGGGAGAACAAGAGACAGCAACAGACAAGAAGGAAACAACAACAGAGCCAGCAAAAACAACAACAGAAUCAGCAACAACAGCAGCAGCAGCAGCAGCAGCGAGUGCAACAAAGCCGUCUGUCACUGCUGCCUUGGCGCACCAAGGGCUGGGUCAGGUGUGCACGGCCAUGUGCAAGUACGAUCAAGCGCGCAAACACCUGCAAAUAAGUUUUGACAUGCUGCAACGGCUGCUGGGCACCAAGCACGUGCGAACCGCAAACGUGCAGGGCGACAUUGGGCGGUUGCACAAGUGCAUGGGCGACUAUGGAGAUGCGCUGGCCUUGCUCCAAUCGAGCCUAUCGACGCUGGAAGUAGUGGUUGGGGAGCAACACAUGGACACGGCCUCCGCCCUUCACUCCAUUGGAGAGGUGCAUUUUUACCGGUCAGAGUACGACCUUGCGCGCGAACACCUGCACCGGUGCCUGCGGGUGCGGCUCGCCACGUGCGGGCAGCAGCACCCCGAGAUUGCCAUGACGUACCUUGAGCUGAGCGACGUGUACGACAGCGCUGGGGAGACGGCCCGCGCACACGAGUACGCGACCACAGCCCUCGCCAUCCUGCAACGCACGGUGGGGGAGCUGCACCCGUACACGGCCAACGCCAACCACAGCCUGGGCGUGCUGGCAAGCGGGGCCGGCGACUACGACAAAGCCAUGGCGUUUGCAGAGAAGGACCUGGAGAUUUCGCGUGCGUCACUCGGGGACAUGCACCCCGAUGUUGCAGCAACCUACCUGCACAUCAGCGAGAUUCUUGACAACAAGGGCGACUACACGCGCGCGCGGGAAUGCACGGAGACGGCGCUGCGCAUUCUUCGCGCAUCUGUUGGCGAACACCAUCCGCGUACGGCGCUGGCGUACCGGUCAUAUGGGCGCAUCUACGACAGCAUGGGUCAGUACGAUGACGCGCUGGAGCAGUACAAGACGUCGCUGCGAAUCACGUUGGAGGUGCUGGGGGACACCAACCACUUCACCGCCAUUGUGUACAACUCCAUGGGCCAGCUGUACAAGGCCAUGUGCAAGUACGAUGACGCCAUUGCCUGCUUUGAGAAGGACCUGGAGAUCACGCGCAAGCUGGUUGGGGAGAAUCACCCAAGCACAGGCGCCAGCUACAACACCAUGGGCCAGGUCUAUGACGACAAGGGCGAGUAUGACCGGGCGAUUGAGCUGUACGAGAAGGACCUUCGCAUUGCUCUGCGCGUGAAUGGCGAGUCGCACCCGAGCACGGCCAUCACAUACGACUGCCUUGGCCAGGUCUACGAGCACAAGGGCGAGUUUAACCGCGCAACAGAGUACUUUGAGAAGAGCCUGAAGAUCAAGCUGGAGAAGCUGGGCGACAGCAACCCGGGGACAGUGGUGACAUACAACCACCUUGGGCGCGUGCUUUCGCAGAAGGGCGAGUACGACCGCGCUGCGGAGCUGUUUGAGAAGGACUUGGCAGUGACACUGCAGAUGCAUGGGGAGGACCAUCCAUCCACCGCAACCACGGUCGACUGCAUUGGGCAGGUGUACUUCUACAAGGGCGAGUACAGCACGGCGGAGACGUAUUUCAAGCGCAGCCUGCGCAUCAAGCAGAAGGUGCUGGGUGAGAUGCACCGGGAGACGGCCACCACAUACGACAACCUGGCCAACAUUGCCCUGAACAAGCGCGACUUUGUGCGUGCGCUGGAGCUGUUCAACAAGUGCCUGGACAUUGAGAAGCAGGUGCUGGGCGAGCAGCACCCGACCGUGGCCAACACCAUCACCAACAUCGGCCAGGUGCACACGCAGCUCGGUCAGUACCAGCGUGCACUCGCCUGCCUGGAGCAAGCGUUCGCCAUCCAGACGCAGACGGUGGGUGUUGUGCACCCAAACGCAGCCACCACCGUGGAUUCCCUGGGCACUGUGUUUGCGGAGAUUGGCGACCAGGGCCGCGCCAUCCAGUGCUUCGAGCAGGCGCUCAACGUGUGGCUGGAUACGGUUGGGGAGCAGCACCCCAACACCGCCGCCACGCUGUAUGAGAUUGCGCAGGCACACCGCAGCAUGGGCAACGUGGAGGAGGCAGCACAGUUCUACCAGCGCAGCCUGGGCAUCUACACGGCCGUGCUUGGCGAGCGGCACCCCGACCUGGCGACAGUGUACUCGGGGCUGACCCAGCUGGCGCUGGACUGUGGCGACUACGAUACGGCGCUGCGCUACCUGGAGAAGGACCUCGACAUCUCUCUGGACGCCCACGGGGAGCAGCACCCGGACGUGGGCACCACAUAUGCGCAGUACGCGCACGCGCACGUGGGCAAGGGAGACCUUGAUCGCGCGCUUGAGUGUGGCGAGAAAUCGCUGGCCAUCUUUGCAGCCACGGUCGGUGAGGACCACAUGUCCACAGCACUGGCGUACGACGCGCUUGCUGCGGUGUACGCUGCACGGGGAGAUGAGCAGCGGUCGCAGGAGUACCGGACACUCUCCGAGCAACUGUCAGAGCCUGAGGGUACAGGCGACGGUGAUGAUGGUGAUGAUGGUGAGGAAGAAGAAGAAGAGGAGGAGGAGGAGGAGGAGGGCAGGGAGGGGGAGGGGGAAGAUGAGAGUGGGAACGAAGAAGGGAACGAAGAAGACGGAAGCGGAGGUCAGCAACGAGAGGAGGAAGAACAACACCCACAGCAGCAGCAGCAGCAGCAGCAGCAGCAACAGGCUGAAGCGGAAGCAGGCAGAGCAGAGGCAGGAGCGUCAGGUGGCCCCAUCACCACCCGCCGCACCACGGCUCGGCGUCGCCAUACCCGUGAUGGUGAUGGUGGUGAUGAUAACGAUGAUGGGGCCGGUCCAUUCUCCAAGACGGCGCGGCUGCUGUGA